GAGGGUAACACCAUCAUUGCUCAACCAUCUCUUUCCCCAAGUCCCCGACGCACACGCAAACGAUAGAGAAACCCCUCGCCGUCCACUCCACUCCACGCUCUUCUCCCAACCCCGCCGCCCGUACCCCGCCUCCAGCGGCCGCUGCCCCCGAAAUGCCUCACCACCCCUCCUCCCUGCAGCCUCUGUUUCCGCGCAAGCUCCUCUCCCGGCGCCGCGUGGUCGUCGCCUGCGCCGCCGUCGCGGCGCUCGCGCUCCUCCUUAUCGCCCCGACCACGGAGGACCCCAGCCGCCGGCGUGCCUACCCCGUGGGACCCCUACCUGACGGGACCCGCGAGGAGGCAGAGGCGGCUGCGGCGGGGCGCUUCGUGGACGCCAACUCCUCGCCGUCGCCCGCCGAAGCGCCGCUUCUUUCCCUUCUCGAGGAUAAUUUGUCAUCUAGGAUUGCACCAGGCCCCUCCGUAUUUCUGGUCCCUUCACCUUCACCUGCGGAGAAUUUUGAUGAUGGUUCAAUGGAGGAAACCGAACAUCCCGAGAUAAAGGGAAAUCCACUGAAGGAAUCGGCCCCUUUUCUCCAAAAGCCCAUUUCUAGUGGUUUGCCUUCAAGGAGCUCUGAUGUCAAUGGUGAACAUGACAUGAAUAACAAAUCUGUUCUGCCUCUGAGAUCAGAGCAGGCACCACUUUGGUUAACAGCAGCUGAUGAAGAGCUUAUAUAUGCAAAGAAAGAGAUUGCUAAUGCACCAUUGAUAUCCAAUGACCCUGAUCUGUAUGCACCCCUGUUCCGGAAUGUAUCCGUCUUUAAAAGGAGUUAUGAACUGAUGGAGAGACUUCUUAAGGUUUUUAUAUAUCAUGAUGGAGCCAAACCUAUUUUCCAUUCUCCAGAGUUGAAAGGCAUUUAUGCAUCUGAGGGAUGGUUUAUGAAAUUGAUGGAGGGGAACCAUAAUUUUGUUGUGAGAGACCCAAAAAGAGCCCAUUUAUUCUAUCUCCCGUAUAGCUCUCGACAAAUGGAGCACAAUCUUUAUGUGACUGGCUCGAAUACAAUUGAGCCACUGUCGAUCUUUAUAAAAAGUUACAUAGAUAUGAUCUCUGCCAAGUACCCAUAUUGGAAUAGGACAAAAGGGGCUGAUCAUUUUUUGGUUGCCUGCCAUGACUGGGGGCCAUACACAACCAAAUUGCACGAUGAAUUGCGGAAAAACACAAUCAAGGCUCUCUGUAAUGCAGAUCUCUCGGAAGGAGUUUUCAUCCGUGGAAAAGAUGUAUCCCUUCCAGAAACAUUUCUUAGAUCACCAAGAAGACCUCUGAGAGAUAUUGGGGGAAAACCAGUUGCACAGAGAACUAUCCUUACCUUCUUUGCAGGGCAGAUGCAUGGUCGAGUUCGACCUAUACUUCUCAAAUAUUGGGGAGGAAAGGAUGCAGAUAUGAGAAUAUAUAGUCGGCUGCCACACCGAAUCACUAGGAGGAGGAAUUAUGUUCAGCAUAUGAAGUCGAGCAAGUACUGUAUUUGUCCCAUGGGAUACGAGGUAAACAGUCCAAGAAUAGUUGAGGCAAUAUAUUAUGAGUGUGUUCCUGUGAUAAUUGCUGAUAAUUUUGUGCUUCCAUUCGACGAUGUACUCAACUGGAGCACAUUCUCUGUGGUCGUACCGGAGAGAGAUGUACCUAAGCUGAAGGAGAUCCUGUUGGCAAUACCUGAGAGUCGAUACAUAACCAUGCAGUCAAAUGUGAAAAGGGUGCAGAAGCAUUUUCUAUGGCACGCAAAUCCGGUCAAGUAUGACAUUUUCCACAUGAUACUACACUCAAUUUGGUUUAGUAGGGUAAAUCAGAUCCAAGUAGAGUAGCACCUGUCGUCCACAUGCCUGAAUUGCAUGUGAUGGUUGUUGGCUGAUCCAUUUCUGGUUUGGCCUUGGUCUGAAGGAAUGAGCUGUUGUGGUCUGAUUUGGAUUUAGUCUGGUUGUUCCAGCUUGGUUCCUCUCUUAGGCAUUGAAUGGAGAUGUCGAUCUGACAGGAGAAGCUGACAUAAUCUGUGGAUAAUAGACAGUUGGAUUUAGAACCGGUUUAGAGUUUGUGAGUUUCACAUUGUUGUUAAUUUUCCUGAUCGAUCAGUUUGGCAUACUUGUGGAGGAAAAGCUGAAGAAGCGAAGGGGCAUGAGAAAAGACGUUGAGAUCUGGAAACAUUAUAACUGGCGAAAGGAGGGAAGUUUGUUUUUGCGAGAAUGUAAAUGCGUGUCAACUUGCUUUUUGUUUCACCUUUUGAGGGGAAACUGGUGCCUUGCUAGGCGAAAUGCAUCAUCUCCCGUGAUCUCUGCCGCCGUUCGGUUCAAGUUGUGCUGCAAGUGUGCGUUAAAAGCGUGUUAUUGCUUAUUAUCCACUGAACAUCCCUCCCGUCCACUGAAAUUAGACCCAGACAACUGUGAUUAAUCCUCGCAUAAAUUCGCUCGCCCAGCGUUCAUUGAGCUUCCAGGUGCAACAAGACAGACAUAUCGGAAAAUAUAACUCUGCAUACCUUUGUGCAUGUAUAGCUAAUCCUAGAUGUUUAUCUCUUUUACCUAAUAUUUAUU